AUGAUGAUGGAAGUUUCCCCUGUGAAUGGUGAUGCUCUGCUUGAUCUGAUGAGCCCUCCAUUGAUGGAUGAUUCCAUGUCCUCUUCCGAAGAAGAAUCCAUUGGGAGUGUCGAUAGUGGCAAUCAUGACUGGGGCAACUCGUCCUCGGUCAUUACCAACAACAACAACAACAACACCAAAAGCAACAACAGCAACAACAAUAAUAGCAGUAGUAAACCACUCAUGAUGGAAGGCUCCAAGAGUUCAGGUUUGGUCUUGUUGGGGGCAGCUAUCAAGAAGCUUUCCGUCUUGCCCUUGGAUGACGAUGGUGAUAAUGAGGACAACACCAACAACAAGCAGAAGAAAGAGGAUGCGAAGAAGGAGGAUGGCGAUGGCAAUGAGAAGGAGGAUGGAGCCAACCUGGCCAAGGAGAUUUCCAAGGCGACCAGGGCGAGAAGCGCCAUGCAAAAGAGUCUGUCCGCUAUGACUCUGUCUCCUAAACCACAAAAAGAGACUACCACUACUACUAGUAGUGGUGACAACAACGAUGCUAAUGCUGCGGGUCCUCCCAAGAAGGUGUUUCCCAAGAACACGAGUCGCGUUCGGAGAUCCAAAUCGGAUGCUGGAUUGAAUAUGGCAAUGGCAUUGGCAGCAACAGCAGCAGCCGCGAAACAGGAGGAGGCCAAUCCGGAAGGAACCGCUUCAAUGAGGAGCAAACUACUACAGCAACAACAACGACCCAGUGUCCGACUACAGCGGCCACGACCCUCCAGAAGUCAAUCUCGAAGGUCCGUGUCGUCCUCCAAGGCGAAGCGUAGCAGCGAGGAAGAAGAGGACGACAACAAAGUUGGCAAGGUACUAUCAGACGAGGAGGAAACUCCUCAACCGAAUGAUAAGGCAGCAGAACCCAGCAAUCCACAACAACCAAAGAGCCGCAGCAAGUCUUCCCAUGCUCGCUCCAUUCCUCCACUGGAAGACGACGACGACUCUCCUCCUGAGGACGACAAGACUAGCACUACCAAAGAAAAGCGCACCAGUCGUUCCACACAUGCCCGAUCGGUUCCUCUGGACGAUGACUCGCUUCGAUUGUCGGAUGUGGAAGAUGAAAAACCAAAACGACGACCCCGGCGACGCAGUAAAUCAGCCAGUCGAAAGUCCAUUGCAUUGGCAGGAUCCCGCAACAGUUUGCUGGGCUCCAGAGAUAGCUUGCUGGGGUCUGCCGAACUGCUUUUAGACCACCAUCGUGAUGACGACGAAGAAGAGGAGGACCCCUUGCUACCGGCAACCAAUUCAGGCGGCGAGCCAAAGAACAACAACGCCAGUCAAAGAGGGGGCAACGGCUCCAAAGCCAGCCUCCUCAUGGAGAAAGAGAAUGACAACACAUCCGGUAGUGAAGAGCAGCUUGAUGAUGACGACGACGACAAGCCCGAAACCACUGGCGACAAUCAUCAUCCCAACGACGAUGCACCGGCUCAGAAGCGCAAUUCCAAGACGGACGGCAAGAACAGGAGAAUCAGCGGCACCCAACGAAAGUCCAGAAGCGGGCGUCGCUUGAUGCCUCCGACGGAUGAAAACAACAACAAUAACAAUGACAACCACAAAACUGCUGCCAAUAACAAUAACAACAGAACAAGGAGACGGCCACCACCCCGCAAAUCCAAGUCCAAUGUCGAACCAGAAGUCAAGACUACAGACGAGAGCACUGCCGAAGAGAAACCGGGAGCAACACUGCGUGCGAGGAAACCAUUGCGCCGUGCCAAGUCCAGUGUGGAAAUGUCGUCGAGUGCCGGUUUGGACGACAACAAUAAGCGACGUCCCGGUCGCAGACGACCACCCAGGGCUGCCAGUAAAUCGGGUGAUGUAGACGACGCCAAAGCGCCGGAAGGCGAAGACGAGAACAAUGACGACAAUCACAAUGACACUAAUGAGAAUGCACCCAAUAAUAAGGGCCCCGCCCCCAAAAGGGGCCAAGAUCGACGUCGUCGCUCUUGCAUGCCCUCUUACAUGCUGGGAAACUACCAGUUACAGCAGGUGUUCAAGAGGGAGGAGGAAGAAGAAACCACGAAAAACGAUGAGAUUGACAGGGCGUUCGAUGCCAGUUUCAGUGACGGUGGGUUUGCGCAGUUCCCAGAGUCGACAAAGGACACUGCUUCCGCAGCGGACAAAAAAGCUGGUGCAGCCAAAUCUUCUGGUAGUGCCAAGAACAACAAGGCGAAUAAUAAUGCCGAUGGGAAGAAGCAGCGCAUGCGACGCAGCUUUUCGGUCAAAAAGAUGGAGUCAUCGUCAUCGUUCCUACAGGCGUCCUCUUCCUUGCUCGGCGCGUCCACUUCCUUGCUGCAACCCUCGUCUUCCUUGCUCGGUACAGCGUCCUCUUCCUUGCUGCAACCUUCCGCACGCGAUAAACAACGCAAGCGGGACGAUGAAUCGUCCGGAGAAAAAGUGGGAUCCAAGUGGAUGUCGUCCAAGACGACGACAACGCAGGGGGGCAGCAGCAGCAACAAAGACAAGUCCAAAAAUGAUGAUCCCUUCUCCUUGUCUUGGCAUGGAAAACUGUUUGCCAAAGCUACUACGACUACUGACAAGAGUUCCAAGAAGAAAGUACCCAAGAGGCGAAACUCCAUUGGCUCUGCCUCGGGGGGCGAACCGUCACGAAUGCAUCAAAGUUGCAACUUUGUGUUCCCCUUGAUUUCGGGAAGCGACCACCGUUCCAAAUCGAAAACCAAAAGUAGCACAUCUCGCAAACAACAACAAGCCAAUAAUGAUUCCCUUGCCAUCCCGUCCAGUUCAACCAGGUCCACCAACACUGCCAAACUCGGAGACUUGCUGGACGACCUCUCUGACUACGACGGCUUUGCUUAG